AUGCCCUUUUCCAGCCCUCCGCCGACACCUUCGUAUCAGCUACCUCAAGAGCUCAUCGAUACAGUAGUAGAGAGUCUCGCGACUUCCUCGCCCGAAGAUCACGAAAUCCUCCGAGCAUGCUCUAUCGCAUCUCGCUCUUUCGUUCGUCCAUGCCAACAGCGGUUAUUCCACUCGUUGAGGCUGUAUACCUCCCGCCAUUCGUUUUGCACACGGGGAGACGCCGUAUCAGCGGUCAACAUUGUGACUCGACUCGCCCGGCUUCUCGAAAGCUCACCACAUCUUGGCGCAUACGUGAAGGAGGUCAGCAUCGCGUACCCGAAAAAUGUCCUCGACGAAAACUCGGACGACUACUCCGCCUACAUCUGUUCCCUCCGCGCCGUUUUCCAGGCGCUUCCAGGAGUUGCAGCACUCUCCAUCCAACCACGCGCCAUAAGCUGGGACGAUAUCUGGAACAUCUACUCCCUCCCCCCCGACCUUGGACCCGCAAUCUUGCCUGCACCCCCCUGCGAAUUUCUCCAACGCCUCGAGCUCACACGAAUACAUCUUGCGACCAUUAAUGAACUCGAAAGUAUUGUGGCCGUUACCCCCAAUCUUCGCCACCUUGUCCUUCGUGACAUCAUGAUAUAUGAAGUCGACGAACGCGAAGAGCCCCCUCCCCAGCCCGGUACAGCUGAUGACACGCGCAUAGCGACCUUAGAAUCACUGGAGCUAAGGGUCGUGCCCUCCUACUUCUACCAGGAAGCACUCGAAGCGUUUGCGCAAGUGAAAACCAUCACCAACUUGCGGUCGGUGUGUAUCGACGAAUACGAUGACCUAAUCUUGAGCACAAAUGCCGCGACGCUGGAGGAGAUUAUCCUCAUUCGAAGACACGGACAGGACGUGCAUUUGAUCGGGACUGCAUUGCUCGAUCUUCUCUGCAACGAUGUUCUUCGGCAUUUUCACCUCAAGCUAACGAGCGACCUGACAAAUUUGCAUACCAACAUCCAACACAUCCGGGUUCUCACUAACACCCGUACCACCUUCGCGCAAAACAAAACAGUCUUCAUCAAUCUACAAGACACGGAACUGCUCUACUCUCUGCUGUCCGACAUUGACGAUUUGUUCGGAGGUUCCCAUCUUGUGCCAGGGCCACAAAGGAUCGUCAUGCAGCUGGCGUUUCAAGGAAGAACCGAGGAUGUGAGGCAACUAAUGCCGCUAUUACACGCAAGAGGGAUCUUAGAAGUCGUCGAGCUAUCUCCAGAUGAAUUCACAGCAGCAACAAGACAGUACCGGUGUAGCGAAUGUUACGACGUUUAA